AUGGAUUUUGAAAGAAUUCAAACUUUGAUUUGGAAACCUUUAGUUUUUCAUUAUUUCCCCAAAUUUGGUGAAAAGCUGAAUGUUAAAAAUUAUUUACACGUUUUGAGGAGAAGAAUUCAAUACAUAAACCUUGGGAAACCACAACACAUUAAAAUUGAAACUCCACAAUUCACCAAAACAGUAGAAGAUCAGCAAUACAUUGAAAAUUGUGAAUGGAUUUACAAAUGUCCACUGGAAUAUGACACUUUGAACACAAUGUUCUCUCACAAUGAUAGGAAGUUUUGCGAAGUAUGUCAGAAGGAUGUUUAUCUAGUCGAUGAUAUGUCAAAUUUCAAGACACAAAUCACUCAAGGAAAUUGUGUUGCUUACUCACCAAAUCCAAUCAAGAAUAUUCCAAGGCUUGUUGGUUCCAUGGCUCCUCCAAGACCAUUUAUUAUUCCUAAUAAUAUCAACACGACUCUUGUACCACCACCCCAAAUCAAUAGAAUUUCCAAGAAAUAA